CUCUGGUGUUCGCAGCUGUCAGUUCUCUCUGGGCUCUACUGUCAUCACCUUCAUCUUCAUCAUCGCCAUCAUGGGGAAAAUCCGCUUCCAGCCUCCGCCCAAAGCCCUGAAGGAGGACAGGGACGGAGAUCAGAUCCCCAGACAGGUGCAGAGUGAGCCAGUCUGGCCCGGUCAGUCUCGCUCCUCUCUGAGUGGACUCUGCUGUUUGACCACUGCGCUGAUAGUCUUCACCUGCAGCCUCAUCUACGCUUCUGUCUACAUCUACCGCUAUUACAUCAUACCACAGGCCCCGGAUCAGAGUCGGUUCCACUGCCAUGUUCUGUAUGAGAACGCUGUGAGCGCCCCACAGCGUGGAGCCGAGGAGCUGGAGGAGAACGUGGGGAUUUUCCUUCAGGAGAACUACGAGCACAUCAGCGUCCCGAAGUUCAGCAACAACGACGCAGCCAACAUCAUCCAUGACUUCAACAGGGGGCUGACGGCGUAUCAUGACGUUGCUCUAGAUAAGUGUUACAUCACUGAACUCAACUCCACCAUCGUGAUGCCUCCGCGGAACCUGUGGGAACUUCUGAUCAACGUCAAACUGAGAACCAGAGAUAGGGGUGUGUAUCUCCCUCAGACGUAUGUAAUUCAGGAGGAGAUGGUGGUGACUGGCUUAGUGUCCGACACUCAGCAGCUCGGUGUGUUUAUCCACAGACUGUGUGACGGCAAAGACACAUUUCACCUAAAACGCAGGAUCACUCGCCGCCGUAUUUUCAGGCGUGAUGUGCAGAGCUGUCGUUCUAUUCGACACUUUGAGAACACGUUUGUGGUGGAAACUCUGAUCUGUGAGAGCGUCUAGGCCUCCUCUCUGAGUUCUGUAGCAUUUCUACAUCUCUCUCUCUUUCUCUCUCUUUCUCUCUUUCUCUCGCUCCAUUCAUCGCCUGUUCAUUUAUUUACCUGCAAUAAUUAGAGGUGUUUGUGAACAGAAGCUCUUCCAGAAGAUUCCUCAGUAGCACUGCAGAGGGAGUCUGAUGUAAUCGUGCAUGUGUUUGUGUCGGUGCUGUUGGUGUGUUUUAGUGAACGUUCUUACCUACCCGCUGUCCGACUCACUGUCCGAUUCACUGUCCAAUUCGCUGUCCGACUUGCUGUCCAACUCACUGUCCGACUCACUGUCUGACUCACUGUCCGACUCACCGUCUGACUCACUGUCUGACUCACUGUCCGACUCUGACUCGUUUACACCCGCUCGGUUACUGUGAGCCGUAUCUGGAUUGUAACCUGAUCACAUUUAAUCACAUUUAUUUACACCUGACAGUGAAACACAUCUCUAGUUACUGAGAUUGAAAUCUGAUUGAUUUGUAGCACUUAAUAUGCCAAUCACUCAUGUUGUCCCCCAUGUUUUGGCUUUAUUCAAAAGAAAAUCACAGUUUUGGUGGUACUAACAGGCCCUUUUCACAUUUUUGUGUUUUUCCUGCUGGCAGUUCUCAGUGCAGAUUAACGCUGUAGCUGCUAAAGCAUCAGUAACGGCGAUGGUGCGUUAGCGUGUACAGAUUAAGUGCUCGAGUUUAUAACAGAAACAGCUUCAGUUUCGGCUUCUCAGCUGGUGACGAGCAGAGGAGAACUGAGUUUGUGCUUUUGGUGAUUUUUUUUUGUGAUUUUCGGUGCUGCUGACGAACGUUACACUGAUGGCAGUUUAAAGUCGGUUCUGUUUCCAGCCGCUUUCAGUGGAACAGUUUUCACUCCCUUUUAAAGUUUUUAAUAGCGCGAGCUCAGCAGGAGCAGACGUUUCUUAUCACGCUCUGACUGAUGGAAUUCCUCCACGAAGAAUUUAUAUCCUUUAUUCAGCUUAGACUCGCACACUGUUGUGUGUUUGGUUCUCCAGCUGUUCUAACAGAUCCUCCAGUUUCAGCCUUUGUACCUGUGACAACGAUGACGUGACCCACCUUUCCAUGGAGAGCUGAAGUGAUACGAACGGCAGCACUUCUGAGGUUAACAAUCGCCUGAAGAAAAUAGUGGAAUUUGUUGGACUCAGCACUUCCGCUCUUGUGAAAAGGGCCUGUUUACUCACCUCAAAUCGUGAGCAUUAAAACGCAAUGCACUGCGUAAUGUACUGACGGUGAAUAACGAUGAGGUGAAGUUCAGAUUAACCAAACUGGAGCUUUCAUUUUUACGAGUUUGAGACACUGAAGAAUGAAUUAAACUCAGAGGAGAAACUCACGGCUGAACUGAAGGAAUGAUGAUUCUGUUAUUAGAGGUGGUCCAGUGGGUGGAGCCUCCUCAUAUGCAGAACAGGGAGAGGAGUCACGGUGCUGGGAGGGGUUUGGUGGGGAGAUAGAUGUGUGUACCCUUGAAGAACGUCUGGAUAAACUGCGUCUCCUGAAGUGGCUGGAGUUUUAAUCUGGUUUAAAUGGUGUGUUCACACCUGCAUUUUUAAUGUGGAAAAUCUUUAUAAUCCAGAUACUCAAAAUGCACGAAACGUCCAGGUGUAAACGAGCUCUGAGUGAAACUCUGCACUGAUGUGUUUUUCUCUUGUAGCUGUUUAUUAUUCGAUCUUCACAGUCCUGGAACCCCAAACGUUCAGAAAUGGAGUAAAAAUAUUACUGCUGGUUUCUGCUGUAAAAACAGAAAUAUUGUUAUCAUAUAAAAGAAAUUUUAUUAUGUAAAAUCCAUAUGAAAUUAAUGUUCAGUAACACUUUACUGUUGGGAUCUGUAGGAACCUACAUAAGCUGGUCAUGACAGCUGACAUAACCCUACAUACAUGUUUGUAAACGCAUAUUCCAACAAGCACCAAUCGCUAUAAAGGUUACGUUUGCCAGUUUGGAUUAAAGUUAAUUAAAACAGCCUUUAUUACAAAUGAUGCAUAAAGGAAUAAACAUUUGUAAACGUUCAGGUAGGUUUGCCAGUUAUCAUGACCAGCUUAUGUAGGUGUCAUUUGCA